UCGUUACUUCUUGUGAUUACGUUGUUUGUGGCUAAAGAACCGCUUUCAUUUACUUUACGUCUUUUGAUUAGAGUCAAAUUUUACAACUUGCUGACAUCUUGUGUUUUUUGUAUUUAGACAAUUAUUAUUGUUAGUAGAGCUUCGUAGUAAAAAAGAAGAAGGAAACUAAGAAAAAGUUAAUCAUGGGCCGCUAUAGGAGUCGUAGUCGUGACAGAGAUAGGAGACGUAGAUCUCGCAGCAGAUCUCGUAGCAGAUCACCAAGAGAUAGAAGAAAUUGGGGCAGUAGUGGAGGUAGAGAUCGGGGUGGUGGCAGAAACAGCCGUGGUCAACCUGGAGCAAAUUUAAGAAAACCUAGAUGGGAUUUAAGUCGAUUGGAACCUUUCAAAAAAGAUUUUUAUGUACCACAUGAGGCAGUUCAAAAUCGUGAUUUACGUAUAGUUGAACAGUACAGAAGCGAAAAAGAAAUCACUCUAAAGGGGAAAAAUAUACCUAAUCCUGUAUUCACAUUUGAAGAAACAGGUUUUCCAGACUAUGUUCUAAAGGAGAUAAAGCGACAAGGUUUUACUGAACCCACAUCAAUACAAGCACAGGGAUGGCCAAUUGCUUUAAGUGGAAGAGACAUGGUAGGAAUUGCAUCAACAGGUUCUGGGAAAACAUUAUCUUAUAUACUCCCUGCAAUUGUUCACAUUAAUAGUCAACCUAAGUUAGGACGAAAGGAUGGACCUAUUGCUUUAGUGCUAGCUCCAACGCGAGAACUUGCACAACAAAUUCAGCAAGUUGCUGAUGAUUUUGGUCAUUCCUCUGGUAUUAGAAACACUUGUCUAUAUGGUGGAGCACCGAAAGGUGCACAGGCCAGAGAUUUAGAUGGUGGGGUAGAGAUUGUCAUAGCUACACCUGGUAGAUUAUUAGACUUUCUUGAAUCAGGGCGUACAAAUUUAAAAAGGUGUACCUAUUUAGUAUUAGAUGAAGCAGAUAGAAUGUUAGAUAUGGGAUUUGAACCUCAAAUUAGAAAGAUCAUAGAACAAAUUAGGCCAGAUAGACAGACAUUAAUGUGGUCAGCUACAUGGCCCAAGGAAGUAAAAAAUUUAGCUGAAGAUUUUUUAAAAGAUUAUGCUCAAAUUAAUGUUGGAUCCCUACAGUUAGCUGCAAAUCAUAAUAUAUUACAAAUUAUUGAUGUAUGUCAAGACUACGAAAAAGAAAAUAAAUUAAGCACACUUUUAAAAGAAAUAAUGGCAGAAAGUGAAAACAAAACUAUAGUAUUUAUUGAGACAAAACGCAGAGUGGAUGAAAUAACGAGAAAAAUGAAGAGAGAUGGGUGGCCAGCUGUUUGUAUACAUGGUGACAAGACACAGCAAGAAAGGGAUUGGGUUUUACAAGAUUUUAGAUCAGGGAAAGCGCCAAUUCUUGUCGCAACAGAUGUUGCUGCUCGUGGUCUUGACGUUGAAGACGUCAAGUUUGUCAUCAAUUUUGACUAUCCCUCCUGUUCGGAAGAUUACGUUCAUCGAAUCGGUCGAACAGGUCGUCGACAGAAAACUGGUACAGCAUAUACCUUUUUUACACCUAAUAAUUCGAAUAAGGCUAACGACCUAAUCCAGGUAUUAAAAGAAGCGAACCAAGUUAUCAAUCCAAAAUUACUUGAACUUGCCGAUAGUAAGAGUGGUGGAUAUGGCAGGCAUAGAGGCGGAAGAAAUAGAUGGCGGUCUCGAGGUGGCCGAAACGGAAAAGAUCGUAGUUAUUCAAGAAGUAGAAGUCGAAGUCACAGUAGGGAACACAACGGUCGUGGUAAUCGUCGUAGUUACAGUCGGAGUUAUUCUCGAAGUCGUAGCCCUGUUAGCAAUCGUACAGGUAAGUAACGAAGUUAUUGGUAAGAGCUACUGGAGUAGCGAGAGAUGAUCUUCCACGGGCAGUUAAAGACAAAAUCAAUUGCGUAUAAUUAAUGUUUUUUUACGUCUCUUUUGAAGUACACACUUGAUACAUGUCAUAUAAACCGUAAUAUUGGUGUUCCACUAACGUAAACAUCUAACUUUUUACGGAUAAUGCUUGUGCAUUACAAUAGAUUAUUUUAGAAAUAUAAGAUAAGUGUUUUCAACGAACGAAAUAAUAAAAUAAUAAAAUGAUGCGAUUAAUUGAACACAUUAUAAAAUAUGUUGAUUUUAAAAAGCUUCGUGAUAAACCAUCCAAUCUAUUGAAGUCAAAAGAACUCUCGAGUAAGGUUAUCGUUUCAAAAUGCAAAUAUCGAUGUCGAUCUUUGUUUAUGUUCUAAAUUUCAACUGUAAUAAAUAAACAUAGACUAAGAAUGUGAAGUUAUUAUAUCCACAUACGUAUUGUAUUACGUACAUAUUUUAUAAUGAUCGUUGCAAUAUUCGACAACAUUAGUUAAAUUAAGUAAGCGACAAUGUGAGUUUAGCUAAAUGAAAGAUUCUAUAAAACUAAUAGCUGGAUGAUUAAUUGUAGAUGCAUCUAAUGUUUAUCAUCAAUUAAUUUGUAACCCGUACUCGUGCAUUUAAAACUUAUGAAAUAAUGUACAGUAUUUAAUAAAAAUGUAAUAAACACAUUUUAUUAACUA